AUGGCAGUGAAGGACGAUAGUCUGCAUUUUCCAACGGAAACGAUCGUUUCCAAGAAGCCACGAAAGCAUUUCCGUGUUCCAGUCCGCUCCCAGCACUGGCAACUGCGAUCGUUGAUUAGCGCCGAGAAACAGCACAUUGUCUACCUCCCCGGAGGACAUGGUAGCAACCACGUCCAGCGUCUCAAUACGAGGACUCGCGAGUGCGAAACGAUAAAGCUACUGACAUUCGCGCCCAGAUGCUUGGUUGCUAAGGGAGGAUGGCUAUGUUGUGGAAGCGAACAGGGCGAUUUUGUCGCCAUUCGGUUGAACGAAGAUGCCAUUUCCGAGUCGGCAAACCGCAAUACAUCAGGACAUGAUACUAGUGAAGCUUCUCUUGACUUGGAUUAUACCUUGAACACAGUUCCAUUCGGCGCGGGCGGUACAGAAUCAGGCCCGAGCGAUGCACUCUUGGGCCUGAUAGCGCGUGCGCGGCGUGGAAACAAGAGUCUUAUCGCCAAGAACAUCCGCCUGGCAAAGGAGAGGGUAAAUUGCAUAACCCUGUGGUUCCCUCCGACACAACAUGCAGUGCUACAUCCCAAUGCAUACACUUUCUCAGUAGCUGUUUUGGCCAACAAUGAUAAAACCGUGGCAUUAGUUCAUCUCGACGAGCAUGAGGACCCGGAUAAGCUGGAGGCCAUGGAUGUGAUCACGUACCCGGACUAUGUCAACCGUGCCAUAAUCUCACCCGAUGGCCGCCUCCUGAUCGCUAUCCUUGACGACCCAUACCUCUAUAUUCAUGAACGGGUGGAGCAAACCCCUAAGCCCGGCACAUCACAAGCUAGGAACGAGAAAAACUGCAGCUGGGAGCUGAAACAGACGAUUUUGCUCAAAAGCCAGAAGGCUGGGGAUAUAUCAGAAAGCAGGGGAAGCUUCGCUGCCUCCUUUUCUAUGUCUGGAGCGUACCUUGCUAUUGGAACACAGCAUGGUACUAUCUCUAUCUUCGACGCUGAUCGAUUGACCGAUCCUGAGGUCGAUCCACUCAUCACUACUUUUACAUCAUCACGGCCAAAGAGCGGUUCCGGGGCGAUUCGAGAUAUGGCUUUUUGCCCGGGUCCUUAUGAUAUCCUAGCAUGGACUGAGGAUCGUGGCCAUAUAGGACUCGCCGAUGUCCGUAGUAACUUUGCCAUCCGACAAAUCGUUGAUAUUAGCUCAGAAGCCGACUUUGAACACUUCGAUGUGUUGGAUCGAAAUACGGUAGAUCCGAGACUUCUGGAUCGCCGCGCGGAACGAAAUAUUGAGGGUGCUGUCCUAGAAGAAUCAAACCCAUCAGAAAACCGCCGGCGGACGAUUGAUGGCCUGAACCACCCGCUGACUACCAACGAGACCCUGGUGCUGGAAGCCAUACAAGAGGAUCGUCGACGCCGAGAAAGACUGAAUGCCCGUACCAGGGACAAUAUGUCUCCCAGAACAGUGAGUGGGGGGUUCUUCCGUAGCGAAUCAGGAAGUCUGUUUCGGUCUGGGAGAGUCCCUAUUUUCCCUACCGAAGGAGAAUCUUCGCAGGAACAAGAGCGAGACAGCAAUACCAGCCGUGCCAUAGGGGAUUUGCUGGGGAACUACAGAGACCAGCGGGACCGUGCUCACGAACGAGCCCGCAGUGCCAGGCAGCUACUGCGGGACGCAAGCGAAAGACCCUUAGGACCCCGACGUACUGAUCACCGAUGGAUAGAUCGGUUGGGGGAACAGAUGGCCGCAAUGAGAGAUCAAAGGGACCGGCAGGACUCGUCCUACUUGAACGUUCUCGAGAUACUGCAGGCCCGAGAGCCUUACGACGGAGAUCCCGACCUCCUCGUGCCACUUGUCAACCAAGUGGUGACACGCUGGGAGGAGAGUGCAGUUCGAGGCACCUUGGUACAGGAUACCGGUUUCUUCGACUAUCCUCCUUCUGACGAUAACACGGCAGGUUUGGCGUGGAGUGAAGACGGUCGAACUCUUUUUGUCGGUGCCCAAAACGGGAUUUACGAAUUCAAAAUCAACACUCUGGGAAGAAAAUUUUCCCCUAGCAUCCAGCUUCGUUAG